GCUGAAGUUCAAGAUCUAACUUCUAAGCAUUCCCAAAAGCCCAGCGCUUUCAACAACCGUUUCGACACUUACCAACCAUUCAACGCCUCACUCACAAAUCCUUUCUCCCCUAAUCUCCUUUCUUCCUUUCCCCUCUUUCGGCACUUCUCCUCUCUGGAAUUAUAAUUCAGUGACCUAGACGCGCACACUACAAAUUACUGUAUCUUCAAUUCCGCAUGGAAAGUGAUUUCCCCCACAGUUCCAAUUUACGCUACUUCCGCUUCGCCUAAAUAUAUAACAAUUUCACUCCCAUCUCUCCCUUUCAAUUUGAAUUAUGCUAUCCGUUUUCUCUCUCUAGCCAUGUCAUCACAGACAACCGCCACGGAGGCAGCGGAGCCCCAGGCGCCACUCCUCCGCUCCCGCCACGGGAACUCUGAUGCCUCCGCCGCGUCUCGGGCUCCAACCCUCGCGCUUCUGCUGGGCCGAGCCACGGGCCGCCGUGGCCCGUCCAUGCUGGUCCGCGAGACUGCAGCGCGGGAGCUGGAGGAGCGGCGAGCCGACUGGGGAUACUCGAAGCCGGUCGUGGCGCUCGACAUGUCGUGGAACAUGGCCUUCGUAGUGGUCUCAGCGGUGAUGCUUGCGUGCACCUUGGAUGAGCGGCCGAACACGCCGAUCCGCCUGUGGAUCUUCGGGUACGGGCUGCAGUGCCUGCUGCACGUGGUGCUGGUGUGGCUCGAGUACCGGCGCCGGAACCAAAGGAAUUCGCGGCGUCAGCGAAGGACGAGUGGCAUAGAAAGCGAGGAUGCUGAUAGCUUGGAGGAUGCCAACGAUAGUGACGAUGAUGAUGUUGGUGAUGGAAACUCUUCUCACUCCGGAUUCACAAAACGAUGUGAGUCGUUUAAUACGGGGAUUUCAUUCCUUUGGUGGAUAGUGGGCUUUUACUGGGUUGUCUCUGGUGGUGAUAUACUUCUGCAAGAUGCCCCACGCUUAUACUGGUUGGCUGUUGUGUUUUUGGCAUUUGACGUCUUCUUUGCUAUCUUUUGUGUUGUUUUGGCAUGCUUAAUUGGCAUUGCCCUCUGUUGUUGUUUGCCUUGCAUCAUUGCUAUUCUCUAUGCUGUUGCAGGACAGGAAGGUGCGUCAGAGGCAGAUCUCAGUAUAAUUCCAAAAUACAGAUUUGAAAUUUUAAGCGAUGAGGAAAAGCCUACUGGGGGAGCUGGAAGAAUGGUUCCCAUUGAAACCAAUAGUGGAUAUGUUGCAAACGAACGGACACUUUUGCCAGAGGAUGCGGAAUGUUGCAUAUGCCUUUGUCCUUACGAGGAUGGAACAGAGCUCCAUGCUCUUCCGUGCAAUCAUCAUUUUCAUUCUUUAUGCAUAGUGAAAUGGCUAAAGAUGAAUGCAACUUGUCCUCUUUGCAAGUACAAUAUUCUCAAAGGAAAUGAACAAGUGUGAUGAAAAGUAAAAGCCCUACUCAGUGUUUCCACGGCUGUUGUCUAUAUGUAUACAUAAUUGCCGGAGAAGAAAUCGUUGACCUCCCCCGUUGCGCGGCUGUGAUCAUUGUUCUGGUGUAAUGGUUCUGUAAAGGUUUUUGAAAGCACAGCAAUGUAGGGCAUUUAUAUAUGUAUAAGCUAGCAAAUUUGGUGAAUCUAGUGUCAUCUGUUAGGUCAUUUGAAAGUUGUCCUCUGUCUAAUUUGUUCGUAUGGGAGCAAUGGAAAUGAGGCGGUACUUUGAAGUUAUCCUUAGUGUAUCUUGUUGAACGUUGGUUAGUUUUCUGGCAAAAGAAUCCUUCAUUUGCUACAGGUUGUGAAUAACGUCUUCACUGCAUUAAGAAAUUAAGUUAUUUUAUCUUA